AUGACUUCCAUUUCUUCAUCCCAGAAAUUUCUCUUUGGAGGAGACAAGCCAUGGAACCCUAGCGACUGGACAUCCUCUGACGAUCGUGUACGUGGAGGUUCCUCUCAAUCGUAUCUAACCAUCGAUACGAAAUCCCCAACCACAGCCGAGUUCAACGGAAACCUUGACAUUAAAACAUUGGGGGGCGCGGGGUUCGCAUCGCAGCGAACAACGGGGGAGGAUCGCAACUGGAACCUGUCCAGCUAUGCAGGCAUACAAUUAGAUGUUGCAAAGUCGGAUGGCAAACAAUACACGUUAAUCCUCAAAGACCAACUACUACCCAAAAGUCCUAAUGGCAGGGAGCAGUCCACGACGAGUUGGGAGUACGACUUCAAGGCCAGUGCAGAUGGGGAGAAGAUAUUCUUGACCUGGGACGAAUUGAAUGCUACCUACAGAGGGAGGAAGGUGGAGGAUCCGACUCCGCUGGACUUGAAAAAUGUGAAGAGAAUCAGUGUGAUGAUGAGAAGGUAA